GUGAUUCCAUUUCCAUCGAUCUCUCUCCGUCUCUCUCUAGAACAUAUAUAUAUAUAUACCACACACCGAUGGAGAACAAUCAGCUGCAGAAGCCUCACGCUAUCAUGUUUGCCUACCCUCUUCAAGGCCAUGUAAUCCCCUUCGUCCAUCUAGCCUUGAAGCUUGCAUCCAAGGGCUUCACCAUCACCUUCGUGAACACCCUCUCAAUCCACCACCAUAUAAGAAAAUCCCAACCCAGUAGCGCCGACAGUAACAUCUUCGCCGGGGCACGUAAAUCCGGUCUAGACAUACGUUACAUGACCAUCAGCGACGGUUUUCCACAAGGGUUCGACCGUUCCCUCAACCAUGACCAGUUCAUGGAAGGUGUUUUACACGUCUUCUCGUCCCACGUCGAUGAACUUGUCGGGAAAGUGGUUCACUCCGACCCUCCGGUCACUUGCCUGAUUGCAGACACUUUUUUCGUUUGGUCAUCAAUGAUUGCCAACAAGUACAACCUCGUUAAUGUUUCUUUCUGGACUGAACCAGUUUUGGUUCUUUCUCUCUACUAUCACUUGGACCUCCUUAGAAAAAAUUGUCAUUUUGCUUCUCAAGAUAAUCGUAAGGAUCCCAUCGACUACAUACCGGGUGUGAGGACCAUCGAACCAACGGACUUGAUGUCUUAUCUUCAAGCCACCGACAACAUAUCGACGGUGGUGCACCGUAUCAUAUACAAGGCAUUUGAGGAUGUAAAAAGAGCGGACUUUAUUGUAUGUAACACUGUCCAAGAGCUCGAAUCCGAGACCAUCUCAGCCUUACAACAAAAGCAGCCAAUAUAUGCAAUCGGACCAGUUUUCCCAACUGGGUUCGCCACGAGCAUGGUGCCUACUAGCCUAUGGUCCGAGUCGGACUGCACCCAGUGGCUUCAGACCAGGCCCCAUGGAUCAGCUUUGUACAUCUCGUUUGGAAGUUAUGCUCAUGUUAGUGAAGAAGAUAUUGUAGAGAUAGCCUAUGGGGUUUUAAUCAGUGGAGUGAGUUUUAUUUGGGUGCUUCGCCCUGAUGUUGUGAAAUCUGAUGAAACUGAUUUCCUGCCCGCUGGAUUUGAAGAUGAGAUCAAAGGUAGAGGCUUGAUCGUGCCGUGGUGCCAUCAGAUUGCUGUGAUCUCACAUCCGACAAUCGGAGGGUUCCUAACUCACUGUGGAUGGAAUUCAAUAUUGGAAAGCAUAUGGUGUGGUGUUCCACUGCUGUGUUUCCCUUUGCUGACUGAUCAAUUCACUAAUAGAAAAUUGGUGGUGGAUGAUUGGAGGAUCGGACUCAAUCUAUGUGACAAGAAGCCAAUCUGCAGACGGGAGGAAGUUGCAGAAAAAAUUAAUCUUCUUAUGAGUACUGGAGAUCAAUUAGCUGAUGAAUUGAGGGUGAAUAUCAAGGAGCUCAAAGGAACACUAAAGAAUACAUUGACCACCGAUGGAUCAUCAGAAAAGAAUCUCAAUCAAUUCAUCAAUGAUGUGAAAACAAAAGUACAAAGAAGGUUGGGAUGACACAUGCAUGGGAACACAACGGUCCAUGUUCCAAUGACGCUUAGCUUUCAUUCAUUAUGUUAUCUUUAGAUAAUGUGUAAUCGAAUGGAACUCUGACGUCAAUAUUAUCUCUCUCAUAAUCUACCCACUUGUUCACUAGAUAAUUCCAGUGGGAUCACCUCUGUAUUCCUGAGCCCGACAUCUAAAUAAUACUAUAGAUUUGAGAGCCA